AUGAUAGGUGUAGAAUUUAUUCAAGGAAUUGUUGAGGAGAUCUCAAAUUCUAAAUUAAAUUGCACACCAUUAUUUGUUGCUCGAUACCCGGUUGGAGUAAAUUAUCGUGUAAAGACCAUACUUUCAGAUAUUGAGUCGAAUGAUAUUCACAUGAUCGGGAUAUAUGGCCCUAGUGGAAUAGGUAAGACAACAAUUGCAAAAGCUAUUUUUAAUAGAAUUUGUGAUCGUUUUGAAGGAUUUAGUUAUCUAGAGAAUAUUAAAGAAAAGUCAGGGACAAAUGCUAGUGUAAUUGAACUACAAGAGACACUUCUUUUUGAGAUCUUAGGGGAUAAAAAUUUGAAGGUAGAAAAUUUGCUUGGAGGAUGUGAUUGGUUUGCCUUUGGAAGUAGAAUCAUUAUCACAACAAGAGACAAACACUUGCUAGCUACUCUUGGAAAAGGUUGUUCAACCUAUGAGGUAAAGGAAUUAGAUAAUGACGAAGCUCUUGAACUCUUUAGUAUGCAUGCUUGCCAUGGAAACAAACUUAAAGAAGAUUAUUUGGAACUUGCAUACCAAGCUAUUCAUUACGCGAAAGGCCUUCCAUUAGCUCUAGAAAUAAUGGGUGCUGAAUUGUAUGGAAGAACUACGCAAGAAUGGAAAAAUAUACUAAAUGCUUGCAAUUUAUACCCACUUUUUGGUAUUCAGAAACUUGUUGAUAAGUCACUCAUUACUUUAAGUGAAUAUAAUGCACUGUCUAUGCAUGACUUGGUACAACAAAUGGGUAGGGAAAUUGUUCGACAAGAAUCCCUGCAAAUGCUUGGAAGACGUAGUAGGCUAUGGUGUUAUGAGGAUGUUCUUGAAGUAGUAAUUGAAAAUAUGGUAUAA